CCAAAACUCACAUCCGGUUGACUUAGUAGCACCGCUGCCAUUUUGAAACGGCAGUGCUUUUUGUUCGUGUGGAGCGUUUGCUCGUUGUGAGGAGUAUCUUGUGUUUAAGUGUAGUUUUAUUUUUAAUUGAACUUAAUCAAAAUGAGCUGGCAAGAUUAUGUCGACAAACAGUUAAUGGCAUCUAGAUGUGUCACAAAAGCUGCCAUUGCCGGUCAUGAUGGCAAUGUGUGGGCAAAGUCGGAAGGCUUCGAAAUUUCAAAAGAUGAAGUGGCGAAGAUUGUGGCUGGCUUUGAGAAUGAAUCACUGCUAACGAGUGGCGGCGUGACGAUAGCGGGCACGCGGUACAUCUACCUCAGUGGCACAGACCAUAUCAUCCGCGCGAAGCUUGGCAAGGUCGGCGUGCAUUGCAUGAAGACACAGCAAGCUGUGGUCAUUUCUCUCUAUGAAGAACCCAUCCAACCUCAGCAGGCCGCAUCUGUCGUGGAGAAGUUAGGAGAAUAUUUAAUUACCUGUGGUUAUUAGAGGUGCGAUUAUUGAAUUCUAAUUAAUUAUAUAUAACAUUAGUUACUUAGUUAUACACUUUAUUCUUUCAGUGGUUUAAAGUUCCUUACAAAAGAGUAUCUCAAGAGUGUAUUUUGAAUGCAUUGUUUAUUUAUUUAUACUUAAAGUAAUUAUUGUUUUCAGGUCGAAGCUCGCCGUGAUCUAAGAGUACUAUAAGAUAAUAUUUUUUCCACGGGGAAAUAAGUAACUGCAUUUUGUAUAUUCUAUAAAGUGAUAAGAGGACCGUUCAUUUGUUUUGAUAUUCGAUAAAUUAUGGCGGCGUAAUCAGUGUGAUGAGUUUAGUGUGCACAUGUGAUUAUUUUGUGGAUUCUGGACCCUUUUUAUACGCUCACCGUCUCCUCAAAAUAAUUAUUACUGCAUAAUGAAUUAAAUUUGUAUUAAAAUUUUGCUUUUAUUGACCAGUCAUAGUGAAGCAUUUUUAGCUUUGCAUAGCUGAUCUCAAACAAAGCAUGAAGUAUAGAGAUUUUUAGGCUUCUUAUCAAGCAUCAUUGUACGUAAGUAACUUCACGGACUGCUAAGCUGUUGUUCAGUUGGACAUAGCACAAAAACGGUAUAGCUUCAUGAUUGUUUCUUGUACUGAUGCUUGAAAAGAAUUUGUAAUAACCACAUAAUGAAAUUACUGUAACAACAUUUUACAACAUUAUAUAUAUAUAUAAUUAUAAAUAAGCAUACAUCUAAGGGCUUGUUACAAAUUUAAAGGCACUGAAACCCAAGUAUUACAAUUUUAAUUAAAAAUCUCUAGUCCCACUGGAACCAUCGUGUGAAUUUACAUCCAAGCACAAGCGGCGGCAGCGCAGGACUCGCGCCGUAAUAACCUUUUGCUAUUUCAAAAAUCUGCUAUGCUUUGUUUUUAUUUUUGCCGCAUUUUAUAAUCAUAUUAUGUAGUAGAACAUAAACAUUUUGCAUUCUGUUUAAAACUGUCUUCUUAGCUGCAGACAAUAGAAGCGCUCAAUUAAUUACCCUAUAACCUCAGAAAAGGCUUGCAGAAAUCGAAGGGUGCAUAUUGUUUAUAUUUGAUAUUACUACUAUAGCUUUGUACAUUGUUUCUGAUAAGCGAUGGGAACUGUGUCUAUCUGAUAAUAAAAUGAUUUGUAUUAUA